GCAGAAGGAGCAGACACACUCCGGACGACAUGGACGUGAGCGCAGCCAUGGAGAAGAUGUCUAUGAAGCAGAGUACAGCAGGGGCAGCCGUCUGCCAUGUAUGUGAGGCGGGCUGCUCUGGAUACCAGCCACAUUCCUGGAGAAAAGCCUGUAUCAGCUGUGGUUGUAGCGCGGUGGACCAUGCUCCGGGGAGUGACCUUGAAGAUGACCAGCGAAUGGGACGCCUGCUCUCAGACUCCCCAUGCUCCCACCUGACAGCGAAGGUCAAAGGAGGCGGCGGCCUUCGCAUAUACAAGAGGAACCGCAUGAUCGUGACCAAUCCAGUGGUGUCGCGUAAAGACCCGACCUUCAACACCACGACGUACGACUGGGCGCCGGCCGGCCUCCACCAAACACUGGCCAUGCAGUACAUGGAGCUCCUCCCGGAGAGUCUUCGUUCCGUCUCGGGGACAGACGGAGCGUUGGAGCGGCGCAGGCAGCUCCUCGGUCAGCUCCCUGCCUACGAUCAGGACCCCAUGAAGUGUCAGAGCCUCGCCACCGAAGAGGAGAUUUCCGCCAUGCUGCUGUUUGUGCAGAGCUACAAGCAGGAGGUGCUGGGAGUCGGCGAGGUGGCUUUACCUGGCGAGGGUGGAGCUCUGAGGGAAGCGUCCAAUCAGAGGAUGGCAAAGGAGGCCAAGGACCGCAGCAACAGCGACAAGAAGGAUGCUCUGAAGCACCAGGACCACGGCUCAACCAACAAAAACAUCUCAGAUGACGGCUCCACUAACGGAACAGAUGGCAGCAAGAAGACUGGAUAUCAGUGCACAGGUUGCCAAGGUGACGUUACCAUGGAGAGUCCGGCUGUUUACGCUGAGCGAGCUGGUUACCAUGACGCCCUGUGGCACCCCACCUGCUUUGUGUGUGCGGAGUGUGGCCAGGGGUUGGCAGACCUGGUGUACUUCUGUUCCAAUCAGAAGCUGCUCUGCGGACGACACUACUGUGAGACGGUGUGGCCGCGGUGCUCAGGCUGUGAUGAGUUGAUCUUCUCUCAGUCUUUUCACACGGGGAAAGAUGGAAGAACUUGGCAUCAUCAGCAUUACUGCUGCUGGAAGUGCGGACAAAACCUGGAUACACCCUGUCAGCACUGAGACACAGUGUUAACUCAAUAUGGUGAUUUAAAAGAUUUAGCACUGCUCAAAAACAGAAUUAUAGGGUCAAAAGACAGAAAAAAACUAAACUGUAAAUAUGAUUUCGACUGUGGUGGUUUGCCUGUUAUAUACAAAUACAUGAAAUGAGUAACACAAUAAUACAGAAUUAGUAACGCUUAAAGUCAUUACAUUUUAUUUUCAUUUGACAAGUAUUUAAAAUACUCCAGAUGAUGUAUCAAUGUUUAACAUACUUAAGAUGUCUAGCUGACGUUUAAGCACUCUCAGUCGAGCCUACUGCUUUAAGUACUUAAGGGAAUGUUUAGUUGACACAGAAGUGUUUAAAGUACUUACUGGUGGAUUUAUUAUAGCACUUCAAGAACUGACAGUGACUGGAGCCAGAUGGUUUUAGAUAAAAACAGAAGCAGAAGCAGAUUUGUGUGUCAUUUUAGGAAUGAUCCAAUUAUUUGACUUAAAACUUAGGGAACUGGACAGGCAGAAGGCAGAGAAAUUAACAGAACUGUGCUGGACUGUUUUUAUUUGUGUUUAUCAGUGUAGAUUUUGACCCUUUGUUUGUACAAAUAGGAAGUAUGGAUUUUACUUUUAAUUUGCUAUUUUAUUCAUUUUCCUCUCUUUUUUUUGACGUGUUGUUUUAGUCAAGCUUAAGAUUCACUUAUUAUUUUGAGUGAGGUUUUGUAUCUCUCAUCACUAAACAAGGUUUUGUUUCUGUGAGGUUCACCAAGUAUUUUGUUUUCAAAGUUAGAAUUCAAAACUAAAAGUCAUACAGCAUCUAACCUAAUAUAAUAAAUACAUUUGCUUAGUUUUUAUCCUUCAAAAACGUUUUUAAAGCAAAAUGCCAAUUUUUUAGAAACAAGGAAAAUAUUGUAGCUAGUAGUGUUACUAGAUAAAUAUGUUGCAUAUAGAAAAAAAUACUGUUGAAUACAAUGUACAAUGAAAAUAAAGAAUAGAUGCAGAUUCUUAUGGGAACAGCAUUUUCAGGUGACAGGGUUGCAAGAUGAUGCAGUGAAAUAUAACAAGGAAUUUCAUAUUUAAAGUUUUAAUUGUGUGUGUCAGUUUGAAAUGUUUAGCCUAGUUUAGCACAAAGACUGGAAGUGUGAGCCUAGCUCGGUAAAUUAUGAAAUAAUACAAGUUUUAUAUGAACACGAAAUGAGCUGUUAAACUUUGUCGGGGUAAAAUGACAAUCAAGGAUUUCUAUAAGUUUGUGAACAAAAAAUCUGUUUUUCUGAAAAGAUAAAAUAAGGAAUUCCCAGAUAAAUUAUGAACGGUGCUGUUAAUAUAAAUUACAGCAUUACAAAAUUACACUUAUAACUGAAUUUCACAGUAAAACUGUGAAAAAUAUGAAUUAAAUGUUACUGUAUUAAAGAGGCCCUAUUAUACUUUUUUGGUUUCCCUUUCCUGUAGUGUGUUAUAUAGGUUUGUUGCAUGUAAAUCGUCUGCAAAGGCUACAAUCCCAAAGUUGCCUCCAGGGUGUUACCAAUCAGAGCAGACUGGGUGAAAAUAGGUGCAGCAGCACAGGCAGUAUGAGAACAAUAAAGAGCUUUUUGAACAUUAAAGCAUUGAAACAUGUCACAGUAGAGACACUAAAUACAAUUAUGAACAUGAAAAUGAGCAGAAUAGGUCCUCUUUAAAUCAGAAGUGAUUCUGUUCAUGAAAUAAUUAAAUGUCUUCACCCGUAGGGAUUAAAGAUAAUCUCACACCAGGUUAUAGUUGCAUGGCGUGUUUUGUUUAAAGAGAGAAGAGAAAAUGAAGAGAUUUUUGCGUAUGAUCAUGUUUUGACAGCUGAAUAAAAGCCAUUUCUGAUUGAA